AUGACGCCGGAGCAAUCUCUCCAGUGGAGCCGCCGCUGGAGCGUGGAGCGGCUGGAGUGCGGCGCGCUGAUCAAGACGGAUGGCGGACACGCGGCGGCGUGGCGCCUGCGCCGGCCAGCCCACAGGGAAGAAUUUGAUAAAGGAGAAGAUGCUGGCGAAGGAAGGGAAGAACUGAUGCAAGAACAGGAAGAGAAGUACUUGAUGAAGGAGAAACGACAAGGCGAAAUGCAAGGGGAUAGUGAUGGUGGAGGAGAAGAAAAAGUUUUUGGUUCUGAUGGUGACGUUGGCGAUGAAGAAGAUGAUUUUGAAGGAGUUGACUGUGAACAAGGAGAUGAAGAAGAAGAAAAAGAAGAAGAAGAAGAAGAAGAAGAAGAAGAAGAACAGUGA